AUCUGUGUCCAGACAAUGAGAACAUUUUAUUGAAACUUUUGAGCAAUAUUAUCGGAUUUUUAAUCAUGCAUGCGCAAAUUUAGAAGUUUGCUUUAUAAAAGAAGUAAUUAGAUUAACAAAUUUGAUUAUCAUCCAUAUAUUUCGAUUUUCUGUGAACAACUCGUUAGCGACCAUCAAUGUUGGUACUAUCUUGGAAUCGUAUAACAUUAUUUAAUUGAAAAUCUGGAAUAACGCAUCAAGUUCUCCUUAUAAAUACUCGAGAGACAAACUUGACGUUCUGGAAAUUAUUUUCACACUUUACAAUGUAAGUGAUCGAAAUGAUUUUAAAGUGAAACUACCAAUGUCGCAAUGUUUUGACAUUAAUUGUCAUAGAAAUGCAUUGUAAUGUCCGUUUUCUGUCCUUUCUCUCCAUGUGUCUUGGCGCUGUUGCAGUAGGCACUAUGGCUCUUGCGGUAGGCACUGAUUCGUGGUUGUUUACCGAAGAGGAGACUAUUAAGAACAUAGAAAAUGGGACACUGAAAUUUACAGCCCAUAUAAGAACAGGAUUGUGGCGCCUUUGCAUUAUUGUGGGAUAUGAUUACCCAGACAUUUGUGUUAAUGUGGGAUAUGAAAAUGCAGAUGAAGGAAGAGAGGAAGGCCAAGAAACGUCCAUGGCUAUAAUGAGAGCCAACAGAGUAUCUACAGUUUUUCCUGUCAUAACUUUGGUUUUACUUGUCACCGGUUUUACUGUGAGUGCUAUUGGAAACAUUCAAGGAGACAUAAAGACCUUGAUCGGAUCUGUUGUCUAUAUAUCUGGAGGUUUAACUUUUGCAGUAGGAAUAAUUCUGUACAUAUCAUCUAUAAACGACGAAGUUGGACAUCGACAGUAUAAUGAAAGCGGUGAUUUAGUUUUCCAGUAUAGUUAUGGAUGGUCGUUCUAUUUUGCCGGUUUAGCGUUUUUAUUUACUAUGCUGUCAUCGGUGGUACAAAUUUCCUUGUUUUUGAAACGAAAUUCUAAGAAAGACGAUAUGAUAAAGAUAAUUCCAGGAUUGGAUGGCGUUCUUACAAAUCCGGAUGAUGAAAUUCCAGGCGGAACAUCAAACCCUACAAUUAUAUUGUAAAUUCGAAACUGUUUGUUUGAAAGUCUAGAAAUAAAUUUGAAAUGUAAUAAUAUCAGGAAAAAUGUGAACAAAAACAUGUGAUUUUUUACUCAAGUUUCAAUCCUUGAAAAAAACCAUUUAUGUCAUUUAUGACUUUUUGUCUUAAUGACAAAUCGAUGGAUACUUUAUAAAUAGUGUUGCUAUGCAUUUAAUUUCAGUCGAGGAUGCAAAUUUGUUGUUUUCAACUGUUAUAUCAUUCCCUUGUCUGUCAUUGUAAAAUAGUAAAUAAGCUGGUGAAGCACUUAGUAUUGUAUAUAGAACUAACUUACACAAAACUGUGUUUUUUUAGCUAGAGUUUUUCUUGUUAUAGUUGCUAGUGGGGUAGUUUGCACUUAUGGCACCAUAAUCUAAAUACAUCACUUAGCUCUUGGGAGAACAAAAUAAAGUUUUUUUUAAAACUCACCAUAAAUAGACAUUUUAAAUUGUAUCUAAAUAUAUACAUUUUAUGUGUAGGACACCGUUCUUCAAUGCGAGUUUCUUAAUUGUUAAAUCAAACUCUCUCGUCAUCACUCGAUUUUCCAUUUUGGGAGAUGUUUGGUCAGUUGAUUGUAAAUUUACGUAUAAAUUAAUCAUCAUGAUGACUGUUACCCUGCUGGAGAUGUUUUACUUAACUGAGAAAUCAAUACUACUAAUGGAACAUUACUAUUACUGUUUUAACGCUACAUUGAAAGCUAUCUAAAAACUAUACUAUAAUUAUGUCUAUGUUUGCUUGAGUUAACAUGAAAAUCUAAAACAUUUUACGCCUUUGCUCAAGAUGUUGUCACUUGUAAUAGCUUUAAAAGCAUUCUUAGUUUAUAAUUACAUUUUAUGUUCCUUGCUCAAUCUAAAGGUUGAAACAGUUCGAAAGGUUGAUGUAUUCUUUUGUACGCAACUUACAACCUUUUCUUGACGUCUAAUAUUUUCUAUAUCCGUGUACGCCUAAAAUAAUUUGUAAAAUGUAAUUUCAUAUGUCAUUUCAAGUAAAGCUAUUACAUCUAG